UGGGUGGGCAUUAUAAGCCUCGGACUUCCCGUCUGCUCCCAUUCCUGAAUUUCUUCCUCUUCCAUCACGCAGCAGUCUUCGUCACCGCAUCCAAGCAACAUUCUCAUCUUCUUUUUGGGUCUUCAUCACAUACCAUCAUUCCCAGUUUUGUCUUUCUUGCCCAUUCGUCUCACUCACAGACUUGUUGUGCCAUCAUCACAUCAUCAUCCGUCACAAUGAAGUCGGCGCUCUCGGCCGGCGUCGUCGCCUCGCUCUUGUUCCCCUGGUCUGUCGUGACUGGGGAUGCGGGCCACAAGAACAAGGACACCUGUCCGAAGAUUGCCUACGGCUCGAAUCGCGUCACUUGUUUCGUUGAAGUCGCCGAGACUGAGGUCAUCCCCAUCCCAGCUCUCGGGACUUUCGCCGACGAUGGCCACCACCACAAGAAGAAGAACAAGAACAUCCCCAUCGGACAGGUCGGCGUCGGCAUUGUCCGCACGGUCAAAGGCUACGUAUGGUCCUUCAUCUGGAAUUACAUCAUCAAGGACGACUCCCCUCCCACCAUGGCACAGCUGGCGGCAAUCCUGCCGGUGCUUGGCCAGACUCAUCACUCUGUCAACUGCAAGGUCGAGGUCAGAUGGGGCCCCGACAAGGCCACACUCGGAAACACGUCAUGGGAAUUCGCCGGCUACACCCAGAUCGACGGGAAGUCCUUGCCGACCAAGAUGCAAUGGCCCAUGCCUGCAACAUCCAAGCGCCCUGACCGCUUCAUCACUUCAUCCCGGGAAUGGGGCGUGAAGUACGACUCGACAGACAAUGACGCUCUCAACACAUUUGGGUUCUUCGGGCCGCAGGGCCGCGACUUUUCUCAGUCCUGGAGCCGUCCGAUUGUCGGGUACAGCAGGAAUGGCGGAUUCAUCGGCUUCCAUGAUGAUGACGGCAAGGGCAAGAAUGGCCAUGGCAACAACGGCCAGGGCAUCAGCAACGGCCAGGGCAACAAAGACCAAGGCAACAACAACGGCCAAGACAUCAAGACACGCCAGGACAGCAUCGGCCAGGGCGCCACUGGCCAGGGCGCCGGCAACAUCGGUCAGAACAAAGACAGCAUCGGCCAAGGGAAAGACAGCAUCGGCCACGGCCACGGCAACAUCGGCCACGGCCACGGCAACAUUGGCCAGAUCAACCUCAACGGCUCCAGUCUGACAAUCAACGGGUACAGCCGCACCAGCGGUUCUCACAACACCAAGAGCCUGUACUCCUGCUGGGUCUUUGAGGGCCAUCUCACCACGGUUCGCACCGUCAUCAUCCCCCCACCCGCCGUCAAUCCCGGCGGAAAGCACAAGCAGCACAAGCACCACGGUCACCACGAUCAGCAAGGUCACCACGAUCAGCAAGGUCACCACGAUCAGCAAGGUCACCACGAUCAGCAAGGUCACCAAGGUGUCGUUGGCGUUGCUGCUUUCCCUCCUGUCUUCCCCGCCCCUGCCCAUCCCCCGCGCAACUUCGCCUGGGCUUCGUGCGAGCCCCAGAUUCCUCAGCCCUUUGAGUUCAAAGAUGGUGAGGGUUGUCCAUUUGGGUUCGACAAGUUCGACAGUGACAAGCACGGCGAUGACAAUGACAAGCACGAUAGCGAGGACGAUUGCGAGGACGAGGAUUGCGAUAGCGAUUCGGACGAUGAUGAUUGCCAGGAGCAGGACUGGUGUGAGAAGCAGGAUCGUUCCGACAAGAAGAAGCAGGACGGUUCCGACAAGAAGAAGCAAGGUGAUUCCGACAAGAAGAAGCAGGGGAAUGUCGGCGACUGCAAGGGCAACAACAAGUUCUGCCUUGACAAGCAGCAAGACGGUUGGAAACACUGGUUUGCUCAGAAGGGUUCUCAGAAGGGUGCGCAGAAGGGUGGCAAGAAGGACGACGACUCUGAUGACGACUGCGAUGGUGACCACUCUUGCGAUGAUGAUGACGAGUCGGAUGACGAGGAGUCGGAUGAUGAGUGUGAUGGCAAGUCCUGCAGCAACGGCAAGUCGAAGAAGGACAAUGAGUGUGACAAGAAGUUCUGCAAGGACGGCAAGUCUAAGAAGGACGGGUGCGAUUGGGCUUGUUAGGCAAACCACAUCAUGUUCAUAAAAUGUUCAAGGCUUAGGUUAUUAUUAUCGGCGUUAGAUGGCCAUCCGGAACAGGUCUAGGAUUCCCUGUGC